CGCAUACAAAGCUGCACAUCGAUGACGCUCUUGAAUGAACCUCGACUUGUAGGCGUCAGCGGAAGUUUGUGUCAGUCCUUCUCCGUCAGGUGUUCGUCGCGCGGAUCGCAGUCCGUCUCUUCCAGUAUCAGUCCAGACGAUCAGCGGCGCUAUGGCGGCGUUCAGUACCUCAUCCAGCAGGCCCUACCACAUCAUCAUCUUUGGCGCUUCUGGUUUCACGGGGCAGUUCGUGGUGGAGGAGGUGGCCCGCACCGCAUCCGAGGGUCCCAAGGGGAGUCUGAAAUGGGCCGUAGCCGGCAGGAACAGAGCCAAGCUGGAGAAAGUUGUGGAGCAGGCCGCCGGAGCUCUCAGUAAGCCGGAGCUGAAGUCGGAGGUAGAUAUUCUCGUCGCAGAUGUCAGCGAUCUGGAUUCACUGGCUGUCAUGUGCAAACAGGCUGUUAUUGUGCUCAGCUGUGUGGGGCCUUAUCGAUUUUUUGGUGACCCUGUUGUCAAGUCGUGUGUGGAGAACGGAGCACACUGCAUUGAUAUCUCUGGAGAACCACAGUUCCUGGAGAGUAUGCAGCUGAACUACCAUGACCAGGCUGCUGGAAAUGGUGUCUACAUUGUGGGAAGCUGUGGUUUUGACUCCAUUCCUGCAGACAUGGGUGUCAUUUAUACCAGGGACCAGUUUAAAGGGACACUAACAGCCGUUGAGAGCUUUUUGACUGCAAGUGCAGGGCCAGAGGGAGGCUGCAUCCAUGAUGGCACCUGGCAGUCGGCCAUCUAUGGCUUAGCCGACAGCAACAAGUUGCGGAGCCUCAGGAAGAAGUUCGGUCACAAGCCUCUCCCUGUGGUGGGGCCUAAAAUUAAAAGGAGGGGCACACUGUUUUAUAGUAACGAGUUGCAGCAAUAUGCAAUUCCGUUCAUGGGUACCGACCCAUCAGUGGUGAAAAGGACCCAGCGCUACUUAACUGAAGAACUCAAUGAGUCUCCGGUUCAGUAUGGAGCGUAUGUUGGCGUCGGUGGUAUUUCCAACAUUUUCAAACUUGUCUUCGCUGGAUUGAUGUUCUUUUUCUUUGUAAAGUUCAGCUUUGGCAGAAAUCUCCUCAUUAAGUUUCCAGAGUUUUUCUCAUUCGGCUUCUUCUCCAAAGCAGGUCCAACUAGAAAACAGAUGGAGGGCUCCUCUUUCCGUUUCAUCUUUCUUGGAGAGGGUUACACUGAAGGUUCAGACCCUAGUGAGGGCAAACCCAAUGGCAAGAUCCGCACUCUGGUCAAAGGACCAGAGGUAGGAUAUGUUGCCACACCAAUCGCUAUGGUUCAAGCGGCUCUUACCAUGUUAAACGAAUCAGAUUCUCUUCCAAACACCGGCGGGGUUUACACUCCAGGAGCGACGUUCGCCAAGACCACCCUCAUCGACCGCCUCAACAAACACGGCAUUCAGUUCUCCGUCCUUUAAGUGAGAGAUUAAACAGGGCUCAACCGGCUUGACUAACAUCAGUCUAUUCAUUUGCUUGCUUGAGCAUAGAGAAGUCUUGUUGCUAUUUAAAGCUUCCUUACAGUGUUGCUGUUUUCCGGUUUAGUGUCCUCGCUUGUGCAUGGUACGCUGGGAUGGGGUUGUUAGCAUGCACUCUGCUCAAAUGGCUGAGAAAUUUGCACUACGAGUGUGGAGCAAACACUCUUGAAAUCCCUCCAUUUGAUCACGUUUAAUUUAGAAAAUUUGACUUUUUUUUUUUUGCAUUGUUUUUAUCACUAACAGAAAUGCUAAUUCUCACAGAUGACAGACAUCUCUAAAGACAUUUAAAAACACACCCAGAGUUGAGAGAAAUAUAGUUUGAGUAAGAAAAAGAACUAGUUUUUGUAAUUGUCAUGAGUUGUUAUAUUUGUGAAUCCUGUAACUGUAGCAGAACAGUUUAACUAAUACAAGAAAUGAGAGAAAAAAUGUUUUCGAGACCAAUGAAUCUGUGAGUUAUUUGAAAGAUUGCAGAAUGUUGUUCUGGUUUGUUUCUAACUAAAUAAAGAACAUAUCAAACUGUA